UCGGAUCUAUUGGAGCAGCAUUCCCCUUUAAGCCCCGCAGAGCAGCCCUGCUGAAAGAUAGCCCAUUGUCUUAAGUCCACCCAUCUGUGGGGGUGGCUCUGCUGCUGCGCCGAAACUUUUUGCAGAGAAACAUUUUGAAGCUGUCACUUGGCUGCUGGUAGGAGACUGAUGGAGGACACAGAGGACACAGCAAACAUUAAGAGUGGAAACAGACUGAGAUAAUGCAUCAGAAGCAGCCCGAGGAGGCAGACCAUGUCCAGGCCUGAGAGGGAGAAGUUCUCUGGGACUGUCACAGUUUAAAGUGCAUGCUCGCAACAAAGCGAAAAAAAAAGUGCAUCCAGCCCAGAUGGAAAUCAUUUAAAUUGACAAUCGACGCGGUGUUAAGAAAGGCAUUAAAUGUUCCUUAAAUACAGGCCACCGUCCUGACAAGAUGACCCGUUUGGACUGCGGGUUUUACGCGUUUGGACACCUCCUCCUCCUCAUCAUCAUCAUCAUCAUCGCGCUUCUGACGCUCCUGGAGAGCUGCGCAACUCUGGGAUUAUCACAUGAACCAGAGAGCCUUCUGCGGGAUCUGCCUCAGUAUGAAGUGGUUCACCCCACUAGAGUGGAUGCCAGAGGUCACUUCCUGUCCAACUUCCUGUCUCACCACGCUCGCCGCGUACAGCGGCGGGAAGCCUCGGAGGGACCGGCGGACGUAGAUCGAGUCUUCUACCAGUUGUGGCACAGCGGCCACAGUUUGCACUUUAACCUCACCCUCAACCCACACCUGCUGGCCCCGGGCUUCCUGACGGAGAGGAGGUAUGGCGGCCUGGAUGGUGCCCAGAUCCGUCCUCCUGGAUCCUCCCAGUGCCAUUUCUUAGGUGAAGUGUGGGAUGAGGCCAUCGGCAAAGGAAGCGCAGCCAUAAGUACCUGUGAUGGGCUGACAGGGCUGUUCAGGUUGUCCGAUGAAGAGUUUUUCAUUCAGCCUCUGGAGACGUGGAGUGAUGAGACCUCAGCAUCACAGGCCCACGCCAUCUACAAACGCCACGCGUCCCCUCCCUCCUGGAGUCCAGUCAUACAGCCCAUCUCAGGGAAGCAACCUCUCAACGGUACCUGUGGAAUCAAUAAUUCCCAUCAAAGUUUUGAAGACACUGAGAGACAGCGGGAGCGGUGGGAGCAGCGGCAGCAGAGACGAAGGAGGAGAAUUCAUCAACGCUCAGUCAGCAAAGAGAAGUGGGUGGAAACGCUGGUGGUGGCCGACCCUAAAAUGGUGGAGCAUCAUGGGAGCAAAGCUGUGGAGAGCUACGUCCUGGCUGUCAUGAACAUUGUGGCAGGUCUGUUCCGAGAUGCCAGUAUUGGAAACGCAAUCAACAUUGUGGUUGUUCGACUCAUCCUACUGGAGCAGGAUGAGGAUGACUUAAAGAUUACGCACCACGCUGACAACAGCUUGAACAGCUUCUGUAAGUGGCAGAAGAAACUCAACAUGAAAGGAGAGGAACACCCGCUGCACCACGAUGUAGCCGUUCUGCUCACUAGGAAAGACAUCUGUGCAGCCAUCAACAUGCCCUGCGAGACGCUGGGGCUGUCCCAUGUGGCGGGGAUGUGUCAGUCCCAUCGCAGUUGCAGCAUUAGUGAGGACACUGGCCUCCCGUUGGCCUUCACUGUGGCUCACGAGCUGGGACACAACUUUGGGAUUCAGCAUGAUGGCAACGGUAAUGACUGUGAACCCAUUGGGAAACGACCUUUCGUCAUGUCUCCACAGCUCCUGUACGGCACCUCCCUGCCCAGGUGGUCACGCUGCAGUCGCCAGUAUAUCACCCGCUUCCUAGAUCGCGGCUGGGGCUGGUGCCUUGAUGAUGCCCCCAUGAAGGAUAAGCUGUCUCUGAACUCGGUGCUUCCUGGUGUUCUGUACAGCGCUGCCCAUCAGUGUCGGCUGCAGUAUGGAUCUGGCUCCCUGCUCUGCGACGACAUGGACAACGUCUGCAGCACGCUGUGGUGCACCGUGGGAUCAACCUGCCACUCAAAGCUGGACGGGGCUGUUGAUGGGACCAGUUGUGGCGAGGACAAGUGGUGCUUCAGUGGAGAGUGUGUGGCAGUUGGGCAUCAGCCAGAGAUUGUAAAUGGUGGCUGGGCGUCGUGGAGCGAGUGGUCGGCCUGCUCGAGAACGUGUGGGGCUGGAGUCAAGGGCGCCCACAGAGACUGUGAUAACCCAGUUCCUAAGUACCAAGGGAAGUAUUGUUUGGGAGAGAGACGGAGGUACAAGAUCUGCAACACCAAACCGUGUCCUCAUGAGCUGCCCACCUUCAGAGACAUCCAGUGUAGUCACUUCAACUCAGUGCCCUACAAGGGCAAGUUCUACAAGUGGGAGGCAGUCAUCAACAGAGUCAGCCCUUGUGAACUGCACUGCCGUCCACUCAAUGAACAUUUUUCUGAUCGGAUGCAGGACGCCGUCACUGAUGGGACGCCGUGCUAUGAAGGCAACAAAAGCAGAGAUAUGUGCGUCAAUGGCAUCUGUAAGAAUUUAGGCUGUGACUAUGUGAUCGACUCCAGUGCCGUACAGGAUCGCUGUGGGGUGUGUCAUGGUAACGGCUCCACCUGUACAACUGUGAGGAGGACGUUUGAGGAGACUGAAGGACUUGGCUAUGUAGACAUUGGACUGAUCCCAGAGGGAGCCUGGGACAUCCGCAUUGAGGAAGUGGCUGAAGCUGGGAAUUUCUUAGCGCUACGAAGUGACAACCCCAACAAGUAUUUUCUGAAUGGUGGCUGGACGAUCCAGUGGAAUGGAGAGUACAAGGCAGCCGGGACGGUAUUCACCUACGAGAGGACGGGACACCUGGAGAACCUGACAUCUCCUGGGCCCACCAUGGAACUACUGUGGAUUCAGCUUCUCUUUCAGGAGACCAAUCCAGGAGUGCGGUACGAGUACACAAUCAGUCGAAAUGUCUCAGAGGACAACGAGAUCCCUGCGUCAGUGUUCUUCUGGAAAUAUGGUUCAUGGACUGAAUGCAGUGUUACCUGUGGAACAGGUGUUCAGAGGCAGAUUGUUCACUGUGUGGAAAAGACAACUGGGAUAGUGGAGGAGCACUUCUGUGACCCUUUAACCCGGCCUGACGAUAACCAAACCAGCUGUAACAAGGAUCCAUGUCCAGCCAUAUGGUGGGUCGGGGAGUGGCAGAAAUGCUCAGCGAGCUGUGGUAGCUCGGGCCUGACUAAAAGGACAGUGCUCUGCAUCCAGGCAGUAAGUGCUGAGGAGCAGAAAGCCCUGCAGCCCAGUGAAUGUGAACACAUACCCAACCCUGAGUCACUAUCCUCCUGCAACACACACAUUCCCUGCCCAGCAGACUGGACCACCGGCAACUGGUCAAAGUGUUCGCUGACUUGUGGAAGCGGAGUACGUCGCCGUAAUGUCACCUGCUCUAGAAACACAGGGGUUGACUGUGACCCUCAGAAGAAGCCCCUCGCUGUGGCGACCUGCUACAUCCAGGACUGUCCACAAGUGGUGGAUAACUUUGGAGGCAUCGACUGGUCUGGAAGCGGCUGGUCGAGCAAAGAAGUGCUCAAUGAAAUCAACUCCAUACCUGAAGUCAAACCUCCUCCCAAACACAGCACCACCAGAGCCCAGCCGAGGAGUAAUAAUAAUAAUAACCUCAACAACAUUGUCGAGGGAGAUUUUCACUACCACAAUAACAUUGAAAAUACCAAUCAGUCUCCGGAAAAUGGUGUUCAAGUUGAUGAUUUUUACUACGACUAUAAUUUCAUCAACUUCCAUGAAGACUUGGAGGAUGACUUUGAGAGCGAUGGGAAAGAUUCAGGGGACGGAUUCAAUGCUCCGCAGGAGGUCAAGCCAACCGGCAGCGUGAAAGAAAAUGCAGACAUGGAAACUACAAGCGCUCCUUCAGCCAUUUCUACAUUUUCAAAGGCGUACACUUGGAAAACUGAAGAGCCACAGAACAGAAAUCUGAAUAAUGUGAAGGACAAUGGUAAUGCAGCAACAGAGGAGUCCAUGCAAACCAAUUCAGACAAUUUGGAUGACCUUCUCUCUGAGGAUUAUCUACUGCCCGUGUCUACCACUCUCUCACCGCCAUUGUCUACGAUUCAUUCACGAACACUCAAAGAGACACAUGAGGAGGAUGUGUGGUGGCCUGAAAACAUUAGCACAAUGCCUAGUCUGGUCUCCACUACAGAGGAGCCUACACAGGAUGUGAAAUGGGAGCAAUAUGAGGAGGAGGCUGAAAAUAACUAUGGCAUUUUCACUGAGGCUGUUACGGUGACCCCUGGACAUCGAACCGCUUUUAAUACUAGAACGGUGAGUGCUCAGGAGACAGAGGAACAUGAUGAUUAUGAGUACAAUGAAAAAAGCACAUUAGGUCCGGAUAUCUCUGCAGACCAGGACGAUGUAGAGAGUCCAGAACCCGUAGGCUCUCCCACGCCAGCAGCUAUAAUUCAGGUUAAGACCGAACUGGACGAAAGAGCUUCAGAAAUACCUCAAACAACCAGUCAAUCAACAGUAUUUCCAACUGCCUUCACAUUGGAGGAUCUGGACUUGGAUUUUAAUAGUAAUAGUACAGAAUAUGCCACUAGGGAGGGUAAUUCAUGGGACCAUACAGACCUUGACCUCAGUACAACCUCACUUCCUGCCUCUGAGGCACCCACUCCUCUCCCUGUUCCCCUUCUGCUGAUCUCAGGUAACCAAGAGGCCUCUGAUGACUCCACACAGUUAACUGGAACAGAAAUCAUACCUCCUACAAACCUGGAGGGAGCCAUUCGGCCUCCUUACGCCGAUUUCCUGCCAGCUACAGUGAAACAGAUGCCGACAAAACCCGCCUUCGCUGAAAGAACUGGAACAGAUUCCACAUCCCGAGCGCCAUCGUCUCCUUUAGCUGAUUAUGACUAUAAUGAAAUAGUCAUCCCCCCGAUGGUGAGGAGCGGCAGUAGCACUGAUCCUGGCCCUUCAUACCAGCUUCCAACAAGUGCAGCAACCACUCCUCAGCGUAGCAUUACACCAGUACAACACAUGGAAACAUCUGCUGUGCCCAUUUUGCCAACCCAUCCACCUAUCCUGUGGCCAACAUCUGCCCCAACUUCAGCCUCCACACAAGUCACUACCGCUGCCUACUGGGUCACCGGCAACUGGAGCGUGUGCUCCACCAGCUGUGGUCUGGGUGCCAUCUGGAGGACUUUGGCUUGCAGCACUGGCUCUAACUCUGACUGCGAUCCGGCCAAGAGGCCUGCGCCAGCCCAGCGAUGUUACCUGCGCCCCUGCUCCAUAUGGAAAGUUGAGGAAUGGAAUAAGUGCUCCAAGAACUGUGAAGGCGGCAUUAAAUCACGAGAGGUCCAGUGUUUUGACUUGCGGGAUCAACGGCCCCUACGACCUUUCCACUGCCGGGCCAUGUCCUCCAGGCCACACACCCAAAUGACCUGUAACCUACAGCCAUGUCUCGACUGGUACACCUCCUCCUGGGGUCAGUGCUCUGAAGUGUGUGGGGGAGGUGAGCAGCAGCGUAUGGUCACCUGCCCUGAGGAAGAUCGAUGCGACGAGGAUCUUCAGCCCAGCAACAUCCAAUCGUGUAACAGCCAGCCUUGUGCUCAGUGGCUUACUGGAUCAUGGGGACAGUGUUCGGCUUCCUGUGGUGGCGGAGUGCAGCGUCGACUCAUCAAAUGUUUGAACACAAAGGCUGAGACGGACGAAGAAGUGGAUCAAGCUCAGUGUGACCACGAGCUGCACCCUGAGAGCACCGAGAAGUGUAACUUACAGGAGUGCGAGAGCGCCGCCUCUGGAGCAGUUUGCCUCCGCGAUCGGCUAACGUUUCGUUUCUGUCAGACUCUCCGCUGGCUCGGCCGCUGCCACUUGCCCACUGUACAAGCGCAGUGCUGCAAAACCUGCAGCCAGCGUUCCCGCUCUAGCCGCACGUCUCGCCACUGAGCUGCAACCAAGUAACCACUCAUCAUCAACAGCAGGUCAACACUGAUGAUGAAAUAUACUGUAUAUCACCAUCAACAAUCUGAGCCCUUUCCUGAUGUCUUCACCACUAUAGACUAAUUAUGAUUUAGUUCCACUCCAAAACUCUGCAUGUUUGUGCCGGUGGUGGUUAAUAAUUGGAAAUAUAACAAAGCGUUGCCUCUCUCUCUCAGCAAAACAACAAGAAUGUAAAUAUUUGUUUGCACUUUUUAUAUUAUACAAGUUGACCAUAAUGACAAUUUAUGAAUCAACAGAUGUGGUGCUAUACUGUAUAAGGGCUCUCCUAUCAAUGUAGCCAGCUUAAUAAUGCAUUAUUACACAUGUAGAUGAACCACUCAUUAACCUUUAUGGUUGGUACAAUGCUUUCAUUUUAUUGACAGCAGCAGAUUAAGACAGACAGGUAGGCCUGUACAAUUCACAAUGCUCUUUUUACGUAUAAUGUGGUACAAGUGUUAUGAAGCAAAAAACAAGUGGUGCAUAAAUGCUUCAUGUGACAAUUAUAAAUAAUUGACUGUUUGCUAAGCCCCUCCCCCUGUAGUUACUUAUUUUUAGGCCAGCCAGGAUGUUAGACUCGUACUGGUUCCCUCGACAAAAAAACAACGGGAUUUUUCCUUUGGGUUUUGGAUUAUUGCAGAAAAUAAACUCUGUGGCAAACAAACAUUUGACUUCAACGUCCCCAUCCGCUUCCAACUUGUAAUUUGAUUUGAACAACCUCUGUAGUCUCAUUUUAAGACCCGUAAAAGCCUCAAUAUUCAGUGGGGUAUUUACUGACGUAUUUUAUGUCGUAGAACAAAACGUUUCUGAAAAUCUCUUCAGCUUGUGUUAACCACAGACCUUAUGUCAGGCAUCUAACUAAAAACCCAUUGACUUCCAGAAGAGGUAACUGGAAGUGCCAAAAGGCUAACUCAUUGCUUUUGGUUUUAGGACUCAAUCCUACAGCACUCUAUUCACACCACUUCAACGUGUGGAGAGAUCCAGAGCUUGACAGGCCUGCAGUGCCUAGUUACGGUUGCUAAGCUAUAUUUGGACAAUCGCUGUUCGGGGGGGAGUGAUUUAGGAAACAGUCAGUUGGUAUGUUUGAUGUCCGCAGCAGCUUAUAAAAAGCCUUUUUGAAGUAGCUGUAUUAGUAACAGCUAUGUUAUGUCACACACGCAAUUUUUUUUUAAAGUCACAAAGUAAAAUGUAAAAAAAUGUAGUGGAGCUGCAGGAACUACUCGGUGCUAGAAGCCACACAGGCUCCGAACAUUUUGGGUCAGGUAUUGGCAGGCCCAGUGCCUUAUCUACUUGAAUAUUGGAUCAUUUGAGUUAAUGUGAGUCAAAUUCAGCAUUUUAGAAUACAUGUUUUUUUUUAAGUGAUUGUGAAAUUAUUGAAAAUGGAGGGACUCGCUAAGUCAGUGUCAUAUCACAUUAGGUUUAGCUCGGUGUAUUAAGGAAUUAGCUAUAAAUAUAUUAUUUUAUACUUUUGCGAAUGUUGUUUUUAGUUUAGGAACUGAACUCUUAUUGACGCUCUUUCAUCUUUUCUGCUCGUUCCUGCAUUCACAAUCAUUGUUAGCACUGACACGCACGGUAUGCCGUCUGCAAUUCAGUCUUUUCCGCAUUGAAAGGCACUUCAGACUUAUCAAUGCAGUCCAGCCCACGCAGCUGUAUGCUAAUGUCAAAGGAAGGAAAACCUUUUUGCUAUAUUGAACAAAACAAUCAAUUCUUUAAAGGAAUACUUCAACAACAAAUGAUCAUUUUUAAAUCAAUUACACCCCCGUGUUACCUUGAAUUCUUGCACGCCUCCACGGUGAACAGAGACUCGAAAGACGGAGAAAAAAGUCUUGUUGAAUUGAAGUGAACGAUGGCCGCGUUUAACAACGGCAAAACGAUAUCAAAACAUCCGUUUGUAAACUCUCACACAACUCUUGCAGUAUAAUCCAAGUCUCAUUUAUCCAGUUGUAUAAUCACUACUUCAAAAACAUGUGCAUAUUAGCUAAAACCUUACUAUUUAAAACACUUCGGACUCCCACAGACAAGUAAUGCGCCUGUGCAAGCGUGAGACUCUUUAUGCGGAAGUGUUUUAGGUAAGGGAUAACGUACAGCUGGCAGGUCACUGUUGUGAAAUAAACCCUGACAGGGUCUGCCAGAGUCCGACAUCAGAACCGCACUCAUAACAACGCUCUGCUAUAAAGAAAUAACAGACUGUAGAACGUCGUGAUUGACCAAUCAGAAUCAAGUAUUAAACAAAGCCGUUUAAUAAAUAGUACAGUAAGGUUUUAGUGAAGAUGGAUGUGUUUGGGAGGUAGUGAGCAUACGACUGGUGUUACACCCCACCCUUGGGCAGCCCUAUGGGGCAAACAACACUCCACCACUGACCCAAAUCAACCACAGAAGACACCUUUUAAACUCUCAAAUCCAUUAGAUUUAUUUACAAAGAUCUACAAACAAGACAACAACACCAAAUCAUAGGCUGAGAGGCAGCGAGACCAGCUGUUCCCUCUCUCCCUUCUGCUGCUGCCACAGGAGCUUUUAAGCAUUUCUUUCCCAGGCCAGGUGCACCUCGCUGAGCAACGCAGCACACCUGGGCAGAGCUGCUGCAGAGGGAAAAGGGACAACAGCACAGGGAACACAUGCAGCCGUAACAACUGGAUAAAAGUUGUGUGGGAGUUUGUAAACAGAUGUUUUGAUACAGUUUUACUGUUGUUACACACAGUUGUUGUUUACUUCAUUUCAUCAAGAAUUUUCUCCGUCUUUGAUUCUCUGCAGAGGCAUGCGAGAAAAACAAUGUUCUCUUCAAGAAUUCAAAAUAACACGGGGUGAGUAAAUGAUAGACAGAUAUACGGGUCAUUCUGUUGGUGAAUUAUUCCUUUAAGCUGAGUUAAGGUGCCUUAAGGCUAUAUAUCAUCCCAUCAAAAUAGCUGCUGAAGCAGUGCUGCAGCUUUACAGAGACAUUUGUUUGCUAGAAGAAUGGAACGUUAACGUGCCUUUGUGUAUAUAUAAGGCAUUUGUUGAAAGUAAUCUGAUUUCUCAUGUUGCAAAACCUUUUCAUUGACGUACACGCUUUCCUCAAGCAAGCAACACAGGAAACAAGUUACAGUUGGAGUGUAGUUACAUCUCACACAGUUGAAAUAAUGCAGAAAUAAUUUACUCUUAAUGUGUAUUAAAAAUAAAUGAUACCUGCCCUAUAUAUUACAUUUUUUAUGUGUUUUUAAAGUACAUUUUUCUUUAAAAGUUUACAGGUAGGUGCUGGGAACGUAACGUUCAUAUGCUGCCUUGUUCAGUUUGAUGUCUCAAAAUUACGUCCAUUUGAAGUUCUCAGGAUUCAACUGAUCACACGAUAAGCCCCUCCCUCCUUGGUAACUGUUGCUAUGCCUGUCAAGCUUUUCAUUUUACUCUUUAUUUCUAAUAUUUUUCACUGUUGUUUCUGUUUCAUUGCAAUCAUAAUAACUGUAUGAUUUUUUCCCCUAAGGUUUGGGUAGGGAACGUUAUGUGACUGAAUCAUAGAGUAAUGUAUGGAGAGCUGAGGUCACAGACUAACUCAUGCAAGAAAGACUAAGGCUAAAACUUAAAGGUGCAACGCAAACAGACAGUAUGUUUCACUUUUACCAAACAACAGGUUUCAUGGAUGAGGAUCAGAUGGGUUUCGUAAAUGUAUCUCUGGUAAAUCUCCCCAAAUCCAGUAAAGAACCAGGACAAAACCACUAACCUUAGACAUAGUAGCAUCUGGGAGCACACUCCUCACACUCAUUAGAUGUGACAGUCUUAGUGAAUAGGUAGGGCUAGCAGUUAUUAUGCCGCAUCCCAUUUACCUUGGAAACCGGAAGUCGGAGCUAGGAAUGACGUCACGCAAUUUGCGUACUAAGGUUUUGUACAUACUAAAACAUCUCACAUACUGUUUUAGCGUACUAAAUAGCAUGUUAGUAUGGAAUUUCAGACGCGACCAUUGUUUACAGCAGCAUGUACUUGUCGUGGUAGGAACAGCUUAGGUGGACGCAGACAUUGUUAAUGUUAUCAGUUACACCUGUGCUCUUCCUGUUAGAACCACAUAUACGCUGUAAAAAAAAAAAAAAAAAAGGUCUUCCUAUUCCUCACACUUUUAUUCUGGUGUUUUUUGUUUUAAAGGGCAAAAAAAUGAAUUGGUAGUUUCGUCAUGCACACCUGUUAAUUUAUUUUUCAGAGAUAAUGUAGAAGACUCCAAACCUAGACACACCUGCCAUGCCCAAUUAGGAUUGUUUAACUGAUUGAACAAUCAGGGGAGGGCUGGAAGGGUCAAUUAGAUUUGUAAUGGGCUGAUGAAUUCACAUUCCACUUAUAAACAUAUGAAACACAGUUGACUGCAGGGAUUAUGCAAGCCUUUACCUUUUUCUCAUUUUUUGGACUGAUUUGUUUCUGUAUCUUUUCUGUUGUUCAUAUUUGUACAUUUUAAUGAUUAUGUUGGUUUCCAAGCACAAAAAUCCAGACUCUAGCCGAGUGGCUAAUAAUAGCUACUAAACACAUUUUACAAUCAGUUGGCUAACUACAAUCUCUUAAAAAUAUCUCACUGUAAACUCCAUUUAGAUGAACUGUUAAUAGGUCAUACAACAAUUACAUGUUUCUGAGAAAAUGUUAUUCAUGUAUUAAUCAGUGAUGUGUUAUUAUUACAUAUGGAUAUUUAUAUACUGUGCUUUAUACUACAAAAUAAAACUUUUGAAAAAAAA